AUGUUUAGCCUUUCGCACAAACUUGUUUUGUCAGCCUCCCCGGACUAUGCCCGACUAGCCAAAAAGUCAGCUAGUCUUUUGGUUGUAUGCGUUUAAGAUAGACAAUAACAUGGGCAGCACAGAGGAACAAAGAGAGUACCAAGGACCUUCUCCUCAGAGAGGAGGAGUUGGAGGGUUUCAGCCUGGAGACCCUCCAAGCUCAAAGUUGGUUAAGGUCUGUACCUCAAGUUUUACCUCCCUCCUCUAACCGCUGUUCCAUCCCCUGACGGACGGGUCUCCUGCUCUGCCCACAGCUUACUGAUAAGCUCCUUUCAGCAUGAGACUUCGUCUCCGUCUCCAGUUGUUGCCGAUGCCCGACUCUCUCCUCCUAAAUCUGGAUCUUGUUUUUUUGUUUUGUUGCCACAGGGAGUUUUUCUCAUUUGUCUCUAUCUCCAGCCUGGAGGAUAAGUCCGUAUAACCCUUUCCUUCUGACAGGCUGCUGUUCUGCUCUUUGGAGUUGAGCUUUCAGCAACUCUACUUAGAACCUCACUCUCUUUCUUCUGCUUCCUGGCCCACUCGUCAGGGUCUCGGGCUGAUGGAUUUUUUUCUCAAAGCCACAUUAUUGACAUGGGAUCGCCAUUGUCAACAGACAUAUGAGAUGUUAUGUACCUGCAUUGUACACUGAACCAUGUGUAAACAUAGAUUAAAUAACAUCCAUUGUAUUUAUCCCUCUCACUUUGUUUUUAGUGUAAGUGGAUCCAGCGAGAUGGAGACCCCCCAGAUGCUUGUUUAACAGAAAAUAAAGACCAGGUCUGUCUACGAGCCUCACUCUGAAUCCCUAGUAACCAUGGAGACCAAGUUUGGAGCGAGACUCAUUGCAGGCGCCUUCAUCCCCAGCCCUCAGAGUGACUCCGUGACCAAUGAGCUGCAAGAGCUGUCCCUGCAGCCCGCCCCCAACCUGCUGCCAGUCAGAGAGAGGAAGGACGUUCUGCAGCUGAAGCUACAACAGAGAAGGUCCAGAGAAGAGUUGAUCAACCAGGGGAUCAUGCCGCCCCUGAAAAGUUCAGCUGGCUUCCACGAACAGAGACGGAGCUUGGAGCGAGCGCGGACUGAGGACUAUCUCAAGAGGAAGAUCAGGGCACGACCGGAGCGCUCUGAACUGAUCAGGAUGCACAUCCUGGAGGAGACGUCAGCAGAGCCGUCACUUCAGGCCAAGCAGCUGCAGCUGAAGAGAGCUCGCAUUGCCGAUGAUUUGAACGAUAAGAUCUCCCACCGGCCGGGGCCCAUGGAGCUGAUCCACAAAAAUAUCCUGCCUGUUCACUCCAGCAUUAAACAGGCCAUCAUAGAGACACAGUUUCCAAAGGGUUCUGGUGAUAACUCGUCAUGUGAUGAGGACAGCAAUUACAGUCUGUCUCCAGAGCAGCCGGUGAGCCAGGAGUCUCCUCUGGGCCUGCUCCCUCUGCCCUCUCCACCAGAGACGCUGGCCGGGAGCAGCAUCUCUUCUCCCACGCAGGUCUCUCCUCCUGCUCCUGCUCCUGCUCUCCCGCCAAUCUCUGGAUCCUCUCCCUCAUUCAAGCUGUCCAACGGGACAACGGCAACACCUUGGCAGAGGACAGGGGCGACGUCACAGAUCAAGUCCCAGCCUAAAGCGGACCGCUCUGCACAGAGACACAAGAAACCCAAGGACAGCAAGCCAAAGAUUAAAAAGUUAAAGUACCAUCAGUACAUCCCUCCCGACCAGAAGGGAGAUAAAGAGCCUCCUCCCCAUCUGGACUCAUCUUAUGCCAAAAUCCUCCAGCAGCAGCAGCUCUUCUUGCAGCUCCAGAUCCUCAGUCAGCAGCAGCAGCACUAUAACUACCACGCCAUCCUGCCUGCACCACCCAAACCUCAGACAGAUCAGCAGCCAUCUUCCUCUUCCUCCAAUUCCACGACGACCUCCUCCCCAACUCGACCUUUUACGGCCCCUUCAAACCACAGCCGUCAGAUUUCUGCUCCUUUAAGUGGGACAAAACCAGUGUCUCUACCUCCAAACCUGGAUGAAAUGAAGGUCGCGGAACUGAAGUCCGAGUUGAAGCUGCGCAGCUUGCCAGUCUCUGGCACCAAAAACGACCUCAUUGAGAGGCUGAAGACCUACCAGGAGCUGAACGGAGGCGGUGACACUUCCUCCUCUCCAACAGCAGGGGGUACCACAGGGCCGGGGGCCGAAGGAGCAGGAAAGUCCUGCAAAACUGCUGCAACCGCCACCAACAACAACACACCACAACAACAGUUUCAGUUUCAGCGCCAUCAGACGUCCUCUCUGAUCGCUGAUGCAGGUAACAGUGCAGCCACUCUGCAUCAGCUCAUGAGCCGCGGUGGCACCGUCUCCCCCUCAAACGCCUCGCUCACGCCCUCUGAUUGCUCGCCAGGCGCCAUGAGCCCAGAUGAUAGCAGCUUUAACAGCGACACCCUGGGGGAAAUGAUGAGUUCACCUCUCACGCAUGUGAGCCUUCAGCCAUGUUCAGCUGCUCAGCUUGCAACCAGCAUUAAAGAAGAGCCCAGGUGUUCAACCCCGACACCUUGUCAGUUCUCAUUAAAGCCGGCCUCUCUGCGCAAACAUUGCCUGGUCACCACCACAACCCCAGCUCCAGUGGUGACUAUGGACAAAGACAGGAUGCUGCAGGAGAAAGACAAGCAGAUUGAGGAGUUGACCAGGAUGCUGAGGCAGAAACAGAGGCUGGUGGAGGUGCUGAGGAUGCAGCUGGAGCACGGGAGCAGAGGAGGAGCGGAGCCGCUGGUUCUUGUAAGAGUUAAACAAGAACCUCCCGAUAAGCCCGGUGUCCCGCUCUCAUUCCCCCCUGCACUGUCACCCGUUUCAUGUGAGAUGGAUGUUGUCAAGGUAACUGUCAAACAGGAGGCCAUCGAGGUAGAGGACAUGGUGUGUGAGACAAAUAUGCAAUUACCAGAUACUCAUGGAUUACCGCAGCCUUUGACCCAAACUCAGGAGGCGCAGGAGCAGAUUCAGCUCCAGCUCAAGCCGGAGCAGGUGAGCACACAAGCAAAACAACAACACGUGCGUCUGCAGCAAACCACUCUGCAGCUAGCCCACCAACAGGCCAUACAGAAACUUUUGCUACAGCAGCAGCGCAACAUUCAGAACCAGCAGCAGAUCAUUCAGAACCGCAGUCAGAUGCCGGAGAACCUGCAGAAACUUUCCCAGCAGAGAAAGAAGAAAUCUCACAAGCAGCAGCUCAAACAACUACAGCAGCAGCAGCAGCAACUGUUGCAGUCACAACAGCAGCACCAACAGUCAAAACAACACCAGCAGCAGAUGCAGCUGAAGCAACAGAUUCUACUGAAGCAGCAGAAGUCGUUUUUACAACAGCAGCAGCAACAGCAACAGACCAAACAGCUGCAACAAAUCCAGAUACAGACCAAGAUACAUCUGAAGCAACAACAGGCGCCGCAGCAGACACCACAGGUGUCUCAAGCGUCCUUCAACCAGCAGUCAGGCUCCGCCCCCUCUUUCCCACUCGAUCUCCUCAAGAGCAACUCCACCCCGACUCUGGUCACCGACGGCAACGGCAACCACUUUCUGAUUGCACUGACCAAUCACAUCACUGAGAACCAAAGAACUGAUGCACCUGGGAGCAAAGCAACCAAUCACAUCGCACUGCAGCGACUACAGUCUACUCCAGCCAAGCUCCCCGGCCACAACCCUGUUGAGCUGCCUAAAGCUGAUAAUCAUUGCAAGCAGAGCAUGCACGUGGGAUUUUUGCAACAACAGGAGGCGAAGCCACAGAAUGGGGGACUUCAGGUAUCUGCAGCCCGGCCUCAGCAGGACGUUGCUCAGUGUUUGUCCGCACCUCCCAGUCUGCAGCCUUUCUUCAAGGACCAGGAGGCUGCUGCCUCAGGGAAACACACCUUAUCACCUUCCUCUCAAACCGAGUUGUGCCCGAGUCUGGAUGUGUUGUUUAUUCCUCUGUCUCCAGCUUCCAUCAAGACAGCUGCCUCAUCGCCUGAUAACAAAGAUACAGAGCAUGAAGAUGAUUUUAUUGACAUCAUUUUGCAGACAGGAGAAAUGUCGACCACCUUCGAACCAGCACCUGACCUUCCUCUGGACAGUCUAAAUCCACACUCUUCUCCCCCUCCCUCCCCACUCCAGCUGUUGCUAUCCCCCCCUAUCCCACCCAGCUGUGACACCCCACACUCGGCCUCCUCGGUGCAGUCUGAGCUCCAGACUUUUGCCGACACCAUAGAAGAGAAACAACACCUGGGUAGCGCCGGGGGUGGACGCCUGGAGGACUUUCUCGAAAGCACCACCGGUAAGCCUCUCCUGGGGGUGGAGCCUGGGGGCCUGUUGACUUUGAUUGAUGACCUCCACAGUCAAAUGCUGUGCACCCCCAGCAUCCUCGACCAUCCUUCGUCUCCCCUGGAUACCUUCGACAUGGCAGCGGAGGGGGAGCACGGGCUGGACUGUAUGGACUGGUUGGACCUCACCAUGGAAAGAGAGAGGGAAGAGGAGACCGCCACACUGGCCCCACUGUGCCCCCAAACACCCCCGAGUGUCUUUUCCACGGACUUCCUGGACAGCUGUGACCUGCAGAUACACUGGGACUCCUGCCUAUAGCAAAACAAAUCUGUGCACUAACUUACACUGUUGCACACAAACAUGGAAUUUAUUGCUGAGUCUUCAGUAUCUGAUUAGAGCGCUGUUUCUGUAUCUUCUCACGCACCGGUGUAUUGAAUCUUCAAGCACUUUGACCUUUUAUUUAUUUUUAUUUACACACGUGUGUAUCGAUUUUAUUAGGCAGGUCCUAUAUCUGUUCUUGCUGCUUUAGCAACAGUUGUGUCAACACGUUAGAGGGACAGCUGUGGAUUUAGGACGCGAUGAUUGAUGAGACACUUUUAACUGAGCCAUGAAUCUGCAUAAACUAAUUUCCUCUUUUCUUGGCACCUUGUUACAGUGAAGGAGUAUAUCGGUUUAUUUGACCUUUGGCUUAUUAGGAGUGAAAAUCCUAAAUUGCCUUUUGUAGUAAAUGAUAAUCAAUAGCUUACCACUACAGCUGAUAAAUACACAGUUAAGACCAAGGACAAUUAUUUUCAAGCAACAUAGUUGGAUGGAGUGGAGAUUGUUGCACUCACACUGCUCUCUACUGAACAUCAGGUGUGUGCAGGUUACAGCGCUAAAAGUGUUACAACAGUUUGUAUCCUUUUUUAGUAUGAAUGAAACCGACUGCCCUGGAACUUUGCAUUUAUAUUUUCUCCAGGGAUAGUUAAUUAUCUCUGCUCGGUAUAAGCCUAAAGGGGAUCAUGCACUCUGUCAUGUGUGUGUGCGUGUCCGCAGAUAAUCUUGCACUGGAUUCAUCAGGCAAAUAUUUCUGGUCCACAUUUGUGACUUUAUGCUCAAGGACCUCUCAUGGCUGCGGUGAUUCACACUUUUUGCAAAAGCCUAUUUUAUUGACUUUUUUAUACCGGCACUGACUCCUCACUCCUCUCCUUAGAGGCCGCAAGUGUUCACCACUGCUUCAGUAGCAAGAAGCACUUCGACUUGGCUAAAAACUGUCUGUUGCAGGCCACAUGUUGGUCUUUGUCGUGGCUCAACAUCUGACGUCCCAUUCAUACCCGAUAUUUUAUCAUCCACUAAAGUUAGGCACCAUACGAGUUGAAUUAAUCCCCUUUGUUUUUUUAAAUGUAAGGGUUCCUGGAGGGACAGUUGAGUGAGAGGGACACAUCUGGUGGUGAUUUACACUCUACAGAGUGCACUUUUCUAGAUACUGAAGAAAUAUCGCCAUCUCUAUUGUUUUCAAAAUGUCGUGGUGGUUUGAUUGUGCCAUAUGUCUGAAUCCCAUAUCUGCCAAAAUAAAGAAAAAAAAAGUUUUUACUUACUAAUUGACUUGCAAUGUUAAAACGUUGAGAUAGCUGCUGCAGAGUUGCAGUACAGAUAUUACAAUAUAGAUAUGCAGAUAUUUAUAACACAAAUUGAUAUUUAGUAUUUGUGAAUAUUCAGAACGUUGUGCGUUUUUUUUAAAGAAUUGCACUUUGAAUGCAUCACAUAGGGUGGAUGAUGGCCUAGUGUUCUAGUGGUACGCCUUCCAAUCAAAACACUAGAAGGUAGGGAGUUCAAUACCAGGCUGCUACCAUUGUACCCCUGAGCAAGGCACUUAACCCUGAGCUGCUCCAGGGAGACUGUCCCUGUACUUAGUUCAAUGUAGGUCGCUCUGGAUAAGAGCGUCUGCUAAAUGACCUAUAAUGUUGAAGCCUAGUGUCUUAAUGUUUUAAUUGACAUAAUGAGACUUUAUAUAUUUAUGAAUGUCUUAUGAAAUCUUGAAAGCUCGACAGCUUCGCUCACCGGGCUUCAUGUCUACGUACAGUAUGGUACCAACAGGUUUCUAUGGUAACUUUGGACACUUGAAAACAGCCAUACUGUAGUUUCACUCCCUUUCUGUUUGCACUUGUUUUAAUGCAUAAGUACACACAUAAUAUAACAAAAGGGAAACUCCUGCAGCUUUAUAGAUUUGUGACGAAUGCCUUCUUCAUAAGGAUUUUUGUAAUUAUUUGAAUGUUGCUCUUGAUGGUGAUAUUUUCCUGUACUGUAUCAGUACUUUUAGAUUUCACAGUGCUGUAAUAUACCAGUUUAAAAGCUGACAAUGUAUUAUAAAAUGCAUUUAUUUGUAUCGUUUUUUCA